AUGGAGAGGGAAGGUCUUUUCAAUGGCAACAGUAGUGUUGAUUUGGACAGGGUUGCUCUGUACUGCAUGUGGCAAUCUGUGGUGGCUGAGACAGCUCUCACUGCUCUAAGCUCUCGGCUUUUGCUUCUCUUUAAGAUUUCACCUAUGUUGGAUGUUAAUGUGCUCGCAGAUUUGACAGCAACUGAUAAUAGGUAA